AUGGCAGCCCAGGUGGCAGCCCGGGAGGCGGGAGGCUUCCGGGAAGUCCCGACCCUUCGCCUAACCCCGGGCGCCGGCCCGGAGGCGGCGGGCCUAGUGGAGUAUGAAGAGGAGGACGAAGACGAGGAGGUGGCGGCGGCCAGGAGAGCGCGGAGUUUCGCCCAGGACGCGCGGGUGCGCUUCGUCGGCGGUCGUCUGGAGCAGAUGCUGGGGCUCCCGGAGGAGAAAUGGAGCCAGCAUUUGGAGAGCGAGGACAAGCGGCAGGUCCUGGGGGAGUUUCUGGAGAGCCCCAGCCCCGCCUGCCUUGUGUUCAGCGUCGACUCCUUGGAGCGGCUCGCGGCGUCCCAACAGAUUCCAAGAGAUGCAAAACAUAAACUUGUUUAUAUUGCCAAGAAGAGUACUGAAAACAUUGGAGUAAAUGAUUUCUCUCAAACAGUUUUAUUUGGAGAGUUACCUGCCUCAUCCCUUGGACAUGUAACUGCUUUCCUAGACGAGAUUUUAGUGCCAAUUAUUUCUAAUAAGAACAACCAUAAAUCCUGGUCCUGUUUUAUUUCACAAGACAUGGAACGUCACAUAGAAGUCAUGAAAAAUAAAAUGCAUAUUUUUAGGGGCAAAAUGUUGAGAAGAACUCUUCUACCAAUUCCCACUAUUGCAGGAAAUGUUGACCUGGAUGAGAAAUAUUCAGAGACCAAACUAGAGCCAAAUGAAAGGACAGUACUCCAUGCAAUUGAAUCAGUAGUUAUUAAAUGGUCGCAUCAAAUCCAAGAAAUUGUAGAGAAAGAUUUAGUGCGGCCUUUGCUGAAUGGUCUUCACUCAAAUCCUCAAACUGAACUGGAUUUCUGGAUGAUGAGGAGAGAGAACCUAGCAUGCAUUUAUGAUCAACUUCAGGCUCCCAUUGUCCUCAAGAUGGUUAAGGUCCUGAAAAAUAAGCAAAGCAGCUAUUUUCCAACUUUGAAGGGUAUCCUCAUGGCUGUGGAAAAUGCUCUUCUCGAAGCCCAAGACGUGGAACUUUACCUGAGACCCCUGAGGAGACACCUUCAAUGUGUUCAGGAGACGGAAUUCCCACAGACCGGUGUAUUAAUUGCCCCGUUAUUUCAUACCAUCUGUCUGAUCUGGAGUCAUUCCACGUUUUAUAAUACCCCUGUUCGGAUUAUAGUUCUAUUGCAAGAGUUUUGUAAUCUCUUCAUUGACCAGGCACUAGCUUACCUUUUGCCUGAAGACCUUUUGAGGGGAGAAAUUGAAGACUCUCUGGAAAAGGUGCAGGUGGCCGUUAACAUCUUAAAGACUUUCAAAAAUUGUUUUUUUAACUAUAGAGAAGGAUUGGCAAGCUAUUUUAUGGGAAAUAAGGAGCUGAAACCAUGGGAUUUCCAGUCUCAUCUGGUGUUUCUUAGAUUUGACAAAUUUCUCGACCGCUUCAUAAAAAUAGAGGAUAUAUUUGUCACCAUACUGGAAUUUGAAAAGCUGGAAAGACUUGAAUUUGGCGGUACCAAGGGAGCAAUUUUAAAUGGACAAAUCCACGAGAUGAGUGAAGAAUUUAUGGAACUCUGUAAGAUUUUUAAACAGAGCACAUAUGACCCAUCUGAUUACAAUAACAUGGAAUUUGAAAGUGAUUAUGUUGUGUUUAAGUCCAAAACUUUGGAUUUUGACAGAAGGCUCGGGACAAUUCUUUGUGAAGCUUUCUUUAACUGCAAUGGUCUGGAAGCUGCAUUUAAGCUUUUGACUGUAUUUGGGAAUUUCCUUGAGAAACCAGUUGUCAUGGAAAUUUUCAGCCCACUUUACAGCACACUUGUGCACAUGUUCAGUGCAGAGUUGGAUAUGUGUAAGCAAUUGUAUAAUGAACACGUGCAACAGAUUGAACAAGGAAAUGUAGUCCUUAACAAGAAUAUGCCAUUUACCUCAGGAAAUAUCAAAUGGGCUAAAGAGGUCAUGGACCGACUUCAAAUGUUUUGGUCAAACUUUGCAUCUCUCCGUGAUCUAUUCUUGGAAAGUCCUGAUCAUGCCUGGAUUUAUCAGAAGUAUACUGAAAUGACAGCUUUGCUAGACCAGUUUGAAAAUCGUAUCUAUAAUGAAUGGAAAAGUAAUGUGGAUGAAAUCUGUGAAUUCAAUUUGAAUCAACCCUUGGUUAAAUUCAGUGCCGUAAGUGGUCUUCUCAAUGUCAACUUUGACCCAAAGCUAGUGGCUGUAUUAAGAGAAGUUAAAUACCUUUUGAUGUUGAAGAAAUCAGACAUACCGGAUUCAGCCUUAGCCAUCUUCAAAAAAAGAAACACUCUUUUAAAGUCCAUUGGAAAUCUUGAACUUCUUGUGCAAGGAUAUAAUAAGCUGAAACAGACUCUUCUGGAAGUUGAAUACCCCCUGGUUGAGGAAGAGCUGAGGUCUGUGGAUGAGGAACUGCAGGCAGCCGCCACAUCACUGACAUGGCAGGAUGACUGCUGGGGGGACAUCGAGAGGAUGAAGACGGCCACCUCAGAGUUGGAGCGCAGAGUGGAGCAUGUGCAGAACAACGUCAAAGUGAUUCAGCAGACGAUACAGGCUUGGGUGGAGUGCACGCUCCUUCCCCGGAGAGAACACAGGCGGGAGACCGCCUUGACUUGGGAGGACAAGGGUGAUUUGUUUACGAAAAAAUACAUGCUAAUCCAGGAAGAUGGCUGCAAGAUACACAACUUGGUUGAGGAAAAUAGGAUGCUGUUUAGAGCCACUCCUUCUCUGGAUGCUUGGAAGAUUUAUGUAGAAUUCAUUGAUGACAUCGUGGUGGAAGGCUUUUUUCAAGCAAUAAUGCAUGACUUAGACUUCUUCCUGAUGAACACAGAGAAACAACUGAAAUCUGCACCGUUUUUUCAAGCACAGAUGAUCUUAAUGCCCCCGGAGAUUCUGUUUAAACCUUCUUUAGAAAGAGAGGCUGGGGAUGGCUUCUAUGAUCUGGUGGAAGAAAUGCUGUGCAGUAGUUUCCGAAUGUCUGCCCAGAUGAAGCGAGUAGCAGCACAUCUGGAAAUAGCAAAUUACCAGAAUGAUAUGGACAACAUGCUGGGCCUGGUGGAGGUCAGGCAGGAGAUCAUGAAGAGAGUGGCAGACGUCAUAAACAAAGUCUUGGACUUCAGAAACACCCUGGACACAUACGCUUACCUCUGGGUGGAUGACCGGACCGAGUUUAUGAAGCGCUUCCUCCUGUAUGGCCAUACUGUGUCAUCUGAGGAGACAGGGCCUCACGCAGAUGAAGACUUUCCCAGACAACCACCAACACUCGAGCAGUUCAAAGAACAGAUUAAUAUUUAUGAGGCUUUGUAUGUUCAGAUGAGCAAGUUUGAUGACUUCAGAGUGUUUGAUGGUUGGUUCAAGGUGGACGUGAAGCCUUUCAAAGUGAGCUUGCUAAACAUUAUCAGGAAAUGGAGCUGGAUGUUUCAGGAGCAUCUUUUGAGAUUUGUCAUUGACAGUCUGAAUGAGCUACAAGAGUUUAUAAAGGAGACAGAUGCUGGACUUCAGAGAGAAUUAAGUGAAGGUGAUCACGAUGGUUUAGUUGACAUUAUGGGGCAUCUUCUGGCUGUAAGAAGCCGCCAGAGAGCUACUGAUGAACUCUUUGAACCACUAAAAGAAACCAUCACACUCUUGGAAACGUAUGGCCAGAAGAUGCCUGAGCAGGUCUGUGCUCAGCUAGAGGAAUUACCUGAAAGAUGGAAAACUACCAAAAAGAUUGCAGCAACUGUCAGACAUGAAAUCUCACCUCUCCAAAAUGCAGAAGUCACUCUUAUAAGGAAAAAAUGUAUUUUGUUUGAUGAGAAGCAGGCAGAGUUCAGAGAGCGAUUCAGACUCUAUGCUCCUCUUCGUUUUAAUGCAGAAAAUCCAUAUGGAGUACUUGAUAAGGCAAAUCAAGAGCUUGAGGCGUUAGAAGAAGAACUGUUGCAGAUGCAAGAAUCUACUCAUCUUUUUGAAGUGACUCUUCCAGAGUACAAACAAAUGAAGCAGUGUCGCAGAGAGAUAACAUUGCUCAAGGGGCUCUGGGAUGUCAUUAUUUAUGUUAAGAGAAGCAUUGAUAAUUGGACUAAAACCCAGUGGAGACAGAUUAAUGUGGAACAGAUGGAUGUGGAACUCAGAAGGUUUGCCAAGGCAAGUUCCAUAACUGAAAUUUGGUCUCUCGAUAAGGAAGUCCACGUAUGGGACGCUUACUCAGGCCUGGAAGGCACAGUGAAGGACACGAUGACCUCCCUGAGGGCCAUUGCGGAGUUACAGAGCCCUGCCCUCAGAGACAGGCAUUGGCACCAGCUGAUGAAGGCCACUGGGGUCAAGUUUUCUAUAAACGAAGCCACAACUUUGGCAGAUUUGUUAGCCUUGCGGUUACACCAAAUGGAAGAGGAUGUCCGAAGCAUCGUGGACAAAGCAGUGAAAGAGCUGGGGACUGAGAAGGUUAUUACUGAAAUCAGCCAGACCUGGGCAACCAUGGAGUUCUCUUACGAAGUUCACUCUCGGACAGGCAUUCUAUUACUGAAGUUUGAUGAACAAUUGUUUGAAACUCUAGAGCACAACCAAGUUCAGUUACAGACUCUGCUUCAAAGCAAGUAUGUGGAAUAUUUCAUUGAGCAAGUCAUAAGCUGGCAAAACAAAUUAAACACAGCAGAUUCGGUCAUCUUUACUUGGAUGGAAGUACAGCGCACUUGGUCUCACCUAGAAAGCAUCUUUGUUUAUUCAGAAGAUAUUCGAAUUCAGCUUGUGAAAGAUGCUCAGAGAUUCGGCAGAGUAGAUGCUGAAUUUAAGGAGUUAAUGUUCAGGACAGCUAAAAUAAAAAAUGUUUUAGAAGCAACAUGCAGACCUAACCUCUUUGAAGAACUUAAAGAUUUACAGUACAGGCUUUCUCUUUGUGAAAAAGCUCUUGCUGAGUACCUGGAAACCAAGCGUGUGGCUUUUCCGCGCUUCUAUUUCAUCUCUUCCGCAGACUUACUUGACAUUCUCUCAAAGGGAGCUCAACCUAUGGAGGUUACACACCACCUUUCCAAACUCUUUGACAGCAUUGUAGAUCUGCAGUUUGAAGGCGAUCAGGAUGUUUCCGCGCACAGGGCCGUUGGAAUGUACAGCAAAGAAAAGGAAUACGUCCCAUUCCCAGCUGAGUGUGAAUGCAUAGGCCACGUGGAAACGUGGCUUCUGCAGCUGGAACAGACCAUGAAAGAGACAGUGCGACGUUCUAUCACAGAAGCCAUCGCAGCCUAUGAGGACAAACCCAGGGAACUGUGGAUUUUUGAUUUCCCGGCUCAGGUCGCACUAACUAGCUCACAAAUCUGGUGGACUACAGAUGUAGGAAUAGCCUUCAGUAGGCUAGAGGAAGGCUACGAAACGGCCCUAAAGGAUUUCCAUAAAAAACAGAUUUCUCAGUUGAAUACACUGAUUGCACUUCUGCUGGGAGAACUUCUACCUGGAGACAGGCAGAAGAUCAUGACAAUUUGUACCAUAGAUGUCCAUGCCAGAGACGUGGUGGCAAAACUUAUUUCUCAGAAGGUCGUCACUCCCCACGCUUUUGCUUGGCACUCUCAACUUCGUCAUCGGUGGGAGGACACCCAGAAACAUUGCCUCGUUAAUAUUUGUGAUGCCCAGUUGCAGUACUUCUAUGAGUAUUUAGGAAACAGCCCUCGACUAGUGAUCACUCCUCUAACUGACAGGUGUUACAUUACUUUAACUCAGUCACUUCAUCUCACCAUGAGUGGGGCUCCCGCUGGCCCGGCUGGUACAGGGAAAACAGAAACCACCAAAGAUCUUGGCCGUGCCCUGGGCAUGGUGGUUUAUGUAUUCAACUGUUCUGAGCAAAUGGACUACAAAUCCAUAGGAAAUAUCUAUAAGGGAUUGGUGCAGACAGGAGCUUGGGGCUGCUUUGACGAGUUCAAUCGAAUUUCUGUGGAAGUUCUCUCCGUGGUGGCAGUACAAGUGAAGAUGAUACACGAUGCCAUCAGAAACAGGAAGAAGAGAUUUGUAUUUCUUGGGGAAGCUAUCACACUGAAGCCAUCAGUUGGAAUAUUUAUUACUAUGAACCCAGGAUAUGCUGGUCGAACCGAAUUACCGGAAAAUCUCAAAGCUCUUUUCAGACCCUGUGCCAUGGUGGCCCCUGACAUCGAGCUAAUCUGUGAAAUCCUGUUAGUUGCUGAAGGUUUUGUGGAUGCACGCUCACUAGCCCGCAAGUUUAUUACAUUGUACACGCUCUGCAAGGAGCUCCUGUCCAAGGAGGAUCAUUAUGAUUGGGGACUUCGUGCUAUUAAAUCUGUCUUGGUUGUAGCUGGCUCCCUGAAACGAGGAGAUAAAAAUAGACCUGAAGAUCAGGUACUCAUGAGAGCAUUAAGGGACUUCAAUAUGCCUAAAAUAGUGACUGAUGACAUCCCUGUGUUUUUGGGCCUGGUUGGUGACCUGUUUCCAGCCCUGGAUGUGCCCCGGAGGAGAGUGCCCCACUUUGAGCAGAUGGUCAGGCAGUCCACCGUGGAGCUCCGCCUGCAGCCCGAGGAGAGCUUCAUCCUCAAAGUUGUCCAGCUUGAGGAGCUGUUGGCCUUGCGACACUCGGUCUUUGUCGUUGGAAACGCAGGCACAGGAAAGAGCAAGAUUUUGAGAACACUGAACCGAACAUAUGUUAACAUGAAACAGAAACCCAUUUGGAAUGACUUAAACCCCAAAGCUGUGACAACAGAUGAACUCUUUGGUUUCAUACAUCAUGCUACCCGAGAAUGGAAAGAUGGUCUGUUCUCAUCCAUUCUGCGAGAACAAGCAAAUCUUAGGCAUGAUGGACCAAAAUGGAUAGUGCUGGAUGGCGAUAUUGAUCCCAUGUGGAUUGAAUCACUAAAUACUGUCAUGGACGAUAACAAGGUGCUGACCUUGGCCAGCAAUGAACGCAUAGCUCUCACUCCCUCUAUGAGGCUGCUGUUCGAGGUUCAUCACUUAAGGACAGCAACCCCAGCUACUGUUUCCAGAGCUGGUAUUCUAUACGUGAACCCACAAGAUUUAGGCUGGAAUCCGUAUGUGGCCAGUUGGAUAGACAGAAGGCAGCAUCAGUCAGAAAAGGCCAAUUUAACGAUUCUUUUUGAUAAAUACAUUCCUGCGUGCUUGGAUAAGCUGAGAAGAAGCUUUAAAACCAUCACUUCAAUUCCAGAGAGCAGCCUGGUGCAGACUCUUUGCACUCUUUUGGAAUGUUUGUUGACUCCUGAAAAUGUACCUUCUGACAGCCCGAAGGAAGUUUAUGAGGUCUAUUUUGUCUUUGCUUGUAUCUGGGCAUUUGGAGGCAUUCUACUACAAGAUCAGGUUUCUGGUUGUCAAGCUGAAUUCAGUCAGUGGUGGCAUAAAGAGAUGAAAGCAGUGAAGUUUCCAUCCCAGGGAACAAUUUUUGAUUAUUAUCUGGACCACAAAACUAAGAAAUUCUUGCCUUGGGCUGAUAAAAUCCCCCAAUUUACUAUGGAUCCAGAGGCACCUCUGCAGAGAGUUCUGGUUCACACAUCAGAGACAGCUCGUCUUCAAUAUUUCAUAGAGUUGCUGCUUGAGAAAGGACAGCCGCUGAUGCUGGUAGGAAACGCUGGAGUGGGAAAAACAGUCUUUGUAGGUGACAUACUAGCAGGUCUCUCCGAGGCUUAUGUAGUGUCCCAUGUGCCUUUCAACUACUACACAACAUCGGCAGCUCUGCAGAGAAUUCUUGAGAAACCUCUAGAGAAAAAAGCUGGUCGUAACUAUGGUCCAGGAGGAAAUAAAAAAUUGGUUUAUUUUAUCGACGACAUGAAUAUGCCUGCAGUGGACUUAUAUGGCACUGUUCAGCCCCACACUCUGAUUCGACAGCAUAUUGAUUAUGGUCACUGGUAUGAUAGACAGAAAGUGAUGCUUAAAGAAAUCCACAGCUGUCAGUAUGUUGCCUGCAUGAAUCCGAUGGUGGGCAGUUUCACUGUCAAUCCUAGACUACAGAGACAUUUCACAGUGUUUGCAUUCAACUUUCCAUCCAUGGAUGCACUAAACACCAUCUACAGCCAAAUCCUGAAUUUCCAUUUCCAGCAGCAAGCAUUUGGUCCGUCAGUUCUCAGGAGUGGCCCCACUUUGAUACAGGCAGCAAUCGCAUUCCAUCAGACCAUGACACACAACUUUUUACCCACAGCCAUUAAAUUCCACUACCUCUUUAAUCUGAGAGACCUGUCAAACGUCUUCCAGGGGAUUUUAUUUGCUUCUCCUGAGUGUUUAAAGGGUCCAAAUGAUUUAAUACGCCUGUGGCUUCAUGAAUCUUCUCGUGUUUAUGGAGACAAACUGAUAGACACAAAGGAUCGUAAUUUGUUUCAUAAAAAUAUGCUGGAAACUGCUAGUAAAUAUUUGGAAGGUGUAGACAGCUCCGUGCUGCUUCAACAGCCCCUCAUCUACUGCCAUUUUGCUAAUGGCAGCAAAGACCCGUGUUACCUGCCGAUGAGAGACUGGGAGGUGCUGAGGACAUUUCUGACCGAAGCCUUAGAUAACUACAACGAACUCAAUGCCGCCAUGCACCUUGUUUUAUUUGAAGACGCCAUGCAACAUGUGUGUCGCAUCAGCCGGAUCCUGCGGGCUCCUCGGGGUUACGCGCUCUUGAUUGGAGUGGGGGGCAGUGGCAAGCAGAGCCUGUCCCGCCUGGCGGCCCACGUUUGCAGCCUCGAGGUCUUCCAGAUCACUCUGACCGAAGGCUUUGGAAUCCAAGAACUUCGGGUAGAUCUUGCCAAUUUGUACGUCAGAACCGGAGCCAAGAACAUGCCCACUGCGUUCCUGCUGACAGAUGCACAGGUUCUAGAUGAGAGCUUUCUCGUGCUGAUUAAUGACUUGCUGGCAUCAGGGGAAGUCCCUGAUCUGUUCAGUGAUGAAGAUGUAGACAAGAUAAUUUCUGGAAUUCGUAGUGAAGUUCAUGGUCUGGGCAUGGUGGACUCCAGAGAAAAUUGUUGGAAGUUCUUUUUGGACCGGGUGCGACUACAGCUGAAAAUCAUUUUGUGUUUCUCUCCGGUUGGUCACACGCUGAGAAGUAGAGCUCGGAAGUUCCCAGCCCUGGUUAACUGCACGGCUGUUGACUGGUUCCAUGCUUGGCCCCAGGAGGCUCUGGUCACAGUCAGCAGGAGGUUCAUUGAGGAAACCAAGGGAAUUGAGGCGUUGGUUUUAAUUCAAAUUUUGCCGUCAUUUUCAACUGCGGGGACAUGCUGGGAAUUUGCGUGAAGACCCCUGGAUAAAGAUUCUAUUAGCCUCUUCAUGGCACACGUUCACACUAGCGUAAACGAAAUGAGUACCAGGUAUUACCAGAAUGAGAGAAGACACAACUAUACCACCCCAAAGAGUUUUCUGGAACAAAUAUCACUGUUUAAAAACCUGUUGAAGAAGAAACAAAACGAGAUAUCCCAGAAGAAAGAGCACUUGGUGAAUGGCAUCCGGAAGCUACAAACCACAGCCUCUCAGGUAGGGGAUCUGAAAGCCAGACUUGCCUCUCAAGAAGCUGAGUUACAACUGAGAAAUCACGAUGCUGAAGCUCUGAUCACGAAGAUCGGGCUUCAGACGGAGAAAGUGAGCCGGGAAAAGGCCAUCGCGGAUACCGAAGAGAGAAAGGUGACAGCUAUUCAGACUGAAGUGUCCCAGAAACAGAAGGAGUGUGAGGCCGACUUACUUAAGGCUGAGCCCGCUCUGGUGGCCGCGACAGCUGCUCUCAAUACACUCAACAGGGUCAAUCUCACUGAGCUGAAAGCCUUUCCCAACCCUCCAAAUGCAGUUACCAACGUUACUGCAGCCGUGAUGGUCCUUCUGGCUCCCCGGGGCAGAGUGCCAAAAGACCGGAGUUGGAAGGCAGCUAAAGUCUUCAUGGGAAAGGUGGAUGAUUUUUUGCAAGCGUUAAUUAACUAUGACAAAGAGCACAUUCCAGAGAACUGUCUAAAAGUGGUGAAUGAACAGUAUUUGAAAGACCCGGAGUUCAACCCAAACCUGAUUCGGACCAAAUCUUCUGCAGCAGCUGGUCUCUGUGCCUGGGUCAUCAACAUCAUUAAGUUCUAUGAGGUCUACUGUGAUGUGGAGCCCAGACGGCAAGCGUUAGCCCAAGCAAACUUAGAACUGGCUGCAGCUACUGAAAAACUAGAGGCUAUCAGGAAAAAGCUGGCGGAUUUGGAUCGAAAUCUGAGCAGACUCACAGCUUCAUUUGAAAAAGCAAUAGCCAAGAAAGUCCGGUGUCAAGAAGAGGUGAACCAAACCAACAAAACUAUCGAACUGGCUAACAGACUUGUCAAGGAACUUGAGUCAGAGAAGAUUCGCUGGGGUCAGUCUGUUCAGUCCUUCGAAGCUCAGGAGAAGACGCUCUGUGGAGAUGUUCUCCUUAUGGCGGCAUAUGUGUCUUACGUUGGAUCCUUUACACAGCAGUAUCGCCAGGAACUGGUAGACUGCAAGUGGGUUCCCUUUCUUCGACAGAAGGUCUCCAUCCCAAUAACUGAAGGCCUGGGCAUGAUUGCCUUGUUGACGGAUGAUGCCACAGUUGCCACCUGGAAUAAUGAAGGACUGCCCAGUGACAGAAUGUCCACGGAGAACGCUGCUAUCCUAACACACUGCGAGCGCUGGCCCCUGCUGAUAGAUCCCCAGCAGCAGGGAAUUAAGUGGAUCAAGAACAAGUACGGAACUGACCUGAAAAUCACACAUGUGGGCCGGAAAGGGUUUUUGAAUGACAUUGAAACCGCUUUGGCCUUUGGAGAUGUCAUCUUACUUGAAAACCUUGAGGAAACGAUAGAUCCAGUCCUUGAUCCAUUGCUUGGCAGGAACACAAUUAAAAGAGGAAAGUACAUCAAGAUUGGGGAUAAAGAGUGUGAAUUUAACCACAGCUUUCGUCUUAUCCUUCACACAAAACUGGCAAAUCCUCACUAUAAGCCAGAAUUGCAAGCUCAGACAACCCUCCUCAAUUUCACAGUCACAGAAGAUGGUCUGGAAGCCCAGUUGCUGGCAGAGGUUGUCAGUAUUGAAAGGCCAGAUUUGGAGAAACUUAAGUUGGUUUUGACAAAGCACCAAAAUGACUUUAAGAUAGAGCUGAAGUAUCUGGAGGACGACCUCCUUCUGCGUCUCUCUGAGGCAGAGGGGAGCUUUCUAGAUGACACCAAACUGGUGGAGAGCCUGGAGAGAGCAAAGGCCACCGCGGCAGAGGUAGAGUGCAAGGUGAUUGAAGCUAAAGAAAAUGAAAGAAAAAUCAACGAGGCCCGACAGUGUUACAGACCAGUGGCAGCAAGAGCAUCUCUGCUUUAUUUUGUUAUUAAUGACCUCAGAAAAAUCAACCCCAUCUAUCAAUUCUCUUUGAAGGCUUUCAACAUGCUGUUCCACAGAGCCAUCGAGCAGGCUGACAAGGUAGAGGACACGCCGGGACGCAUCUCAGUCCUGACCGAGAGCAUCACCCACGCCGUCUUCCUCUACACCAGCCAGGCGCUGUUUGAGAAGGACAAACUCACCUUCCUGUCCCAGAUGGCUUUUCAGAUUUUGCUGAGAAAGAAAGAGAUAGAUCCUCUUGAAUUGGAUUUCCUGCUUCGGUUCACAGUUGAAUACGCUUACAUGAGUCCUGUUGACUUCCUAACUAAUCAGUCAUGGAGCGCUAUUAAGGCAGUAGCCCUCAUGGAAGAGUUCCAAGGCCUAGACCGAGAUGUGGAAGGAUCAGCGAAGCAGUGGAGGAAGUGGGCAGAAUCCGAGUGUCCAGAAAAAGAAAAGUUACCACAAGAGUGGAAGAAGAAAAGUUUAAUACAGAAGCUGAUUAUUUUGAGAGCAGUGCGCCCUGACAGAAUGACACAUGCUCUCAGGAAUUUCGUGGAGGAAAAACUGGGUACGAAGUAUGUGGAGAGAACCAGAUUGGACUUAGUUAAAGCAUUUGAAGAAAGCAGCCCAGCCACCCCAGUAUUCUUCAUCCUCUCCCCAGGGGUAGAUGCCCUUAAAGACCUAGAGAUCCUCGGCAAAAGACUUGGGUUUACAACUGACUCGGGAAAAUUCCACAAUGUGUCUUUAGGACAAGGUCAGGAGAUGGUGGCAGAAAUGGCCCUGGAGAAAGCUUCCCGAGGAGGACACUGGGUCAUACUCCAAAAUGUCCAUUUGGUAGCCAAGUGGCUCGGAACCUUGGAGAAACUCCUUGAAAGAUUCAGCCAGGGAAGCCACAGAGAUUACAGGGUUUUCAUGAGUGCUGCAUCUGCACCUACACCAAAUGAACAUGUCAUCCCUCCAGGACUCCUGGAAAAUUCCAUCAAGAUUACUAAUGAGCCCCCCACAGGAAUGCUGGCCAAUUUGCAUGCUGCACUCGACAACUUUGAUCAGGAUACACUUGAAGUGUGCUCCAAGGGGCAGGAGUUUAAAAGCAUUCUCUUCUCUCUGUGCUACUUCCAUGCCUGUGUUGCUGGGAGACUGAGGUUUGGCCCCCAGGGCUGGAGCCGCUGCUAUCCGUUCAAUUCUGGAGACCUCACCAUCUGCGCCAACGUCCUCUGCAACUACUUAGAGGCAAACCCUAACGUCCCGUGGGAAGACCUCCGUUACCUCUUUGGUGAGAUCAUGUACGGGGGCCACAUCACAGAUGACUGGGAUCGCAAACUGUGUCGGGUGUAUUUAGAAGAAUUCAUGAAUCCCUCUCUGGUUGAUGGUGAACUGAUGCUGGCACCAGGAUUUGCUGCCCCACCCAAUCUGGAUUAUUCAGGCUACCACCAGUAUAUAGAAGAGAUGCUUCCUCCGGAAAGCCCAGCACUGUAUGGCCUCCACCCAGAUGCUGAAAUAGAAUUCCUGACAGUCACAUCCAACACUCUCUUCAGAGCUUUGCUGGAGAUGCAGCCCAGGAAUGCACUCAGCGGUGAAGAGCUGGGACAGUCCACAGAAGACAAGGUUAAGAAUGUCUUGGAUGACAUUUUGGAGAAACUUCCAGAAGAGUUCAACAUGGCAGAGAUAAUGCACAAAAACCCAGACAGAAGCCCCUAUGUCCUUGUCUGCUUCCAAGAAUGUGAGAGGAUGAAUAUUCUCCUUCGGGAAAUCCGGGUGUCACUUCAACAAUUAGACCUUGGAUUGAAGGGGGAGCUGACGCUGUGUCCUGGCAUGGAAGCCCAGCAGUCUGCGCUGAGUCACGAUGCAGUACCAGAAAGCUGGAGCAAACUGGCGUACCCGUCUACUUACGGCCUGGCCCUGUGGUUUAAUGACCUCCUCUUGCGAUGUCGGGAACUGGAUACCUGGACACAAGAUCUCGCCCUUCCGGCUGUGGUGUGGCUUUCUGGCUUCUUCAACCCUCAGUCCUUCUUAACCGCAAUCAUGCAGACCACGGCUCGAAGAAACGAGUGGCCACUGGAUAAAAUGUGCUUGACUGUUGAGGUUACCAAAAAAAUGAAGGAGGAUUAUGGGCACCCCCCCAGGGAAGGCGCAUACCUCCACGGGCUCCUCAUGGAAGGUGCCAGAUGGGACAGCCAGUCAGGAGCCAUCGUGGACGCCUACCUCAAGGAGUUAAGGUCUGCAAUGCCAGUCAUCUUUGCAAAAGCCAUACCCGCGGACAGACAGGAAACCCGACACACCUACGAGUGCCCUGUGUACAAAACCAAAACGAGGGGCCCCAACCGUGUCUGGACCUUCAGGUUGAAGAGCAAAGAAAAGGCGGCCAAAUGGGUCCUGGCAGGCGUGGCCCUCCUGCUGGAGGCGUAACAACGGCCCUUGCAGAGGGGCUUCUAUUCCUCCCGCCGGAGCACCGCGGAGACGUCCUUGUUCCCGCACGGUCGUUUAUCCUACUGAGAGGCAUAAAACAGAGUCCAGCUUAUGUACCUUUUAAGUAACUAACUUAGCAUUCGUUGUUUUUAAACAAACACCAUCUCUGAAAAGUAGAGAAGGGGGACAAAAAGAAGCAAAUGUAGAAGAAAAAAAGAUGGGAACCCUACUGAAAAUGUUCAUUUUGAGCUCUCCCCAGCCUUCCUGCAACACAAAAAAAGAGUAUAGAUCACAUUUUCAUCAACGUUCCACUGAACCUCCAAAACAAUAUGGUUGGAAGUCUCCUCCCGGUCCAUACACGCGGGAGCCUAGUUCUUGUAGAUAAACAAAAAGUAUUAGCCUUUAUAUUCUCUUAAAAUAUAGAAGCCACUGGCCCCAGGCAGCUGCUCCUCCUGGCCAGCAGCCCUCCAGUGUCCAGAAUGUGACUGACAGUCCACUUUUUGUUCAAGUGUUAACAAAAAUAAAACUCAAGAUCUACAGGUAAUUGCACCUUGUAAUUUAGGGGAACAUUUUCAAUAUAAAUUUCCAAUGACCCAGAGCAGCUUAAACUAUGGUCACUUGUGAUAAGGUAAACUUAAAGGGGACGUAACCCGUCACAAGCUGGCCUCCAGGGACUGGUUUGGGAGGUAAAAGAUCAAGGCAACAAAGGCAAGAGCUGCUUACACAAUGUUUUCUCUGGGGUAACUCUACCCCCCCCCCAUCUAAACUAUGUUUUUUAAAUCAGCUGCAGAUGCUUUUAACAAUUCAAUCUAUAAACAGGCCUGCGUAUACAUGUAUGUCGAUUCCUCUCUCGUCUUCCUGAGAAAUCUUUUGAAGUAUAUAAACAAACAAUCUUUAAAAAAAAAUA